GGCAAGGAGAGCCGGAGGAAGGGAGGGAGCUCGGACCCGCCGGCAGGUCGGCCCCAGGCUGCUGCCUGGAAAAAGCCGGGGACCGCGUCCCACCUCCUGCCAUGGAGCCGAACCUGACAUCCCCCCCUCCCAUGUCACCCAUGCCGACCACCAAUGGUGACAACUCCUGCAGGAUGGAGGUCACUGACAUGGCCAUAGACGGUCUCACGCUGCUCAUCUGCCUCUGCGGGCUGGUGGGGAACGGGGUGGUCCUCUGGCUCCUCGGUUUCCGCAUCCGCAGGAACCCCAUCACUGUCUACAUCCUCAACCUGGCCGUCGCCGACUUCACCUUCCUCCUCUUCAUGGUCACCUCGUCCCUCCUCUACCUGAUAGACAAUGCCUCUUGCUCCACUGUUGGGGUCCUGAAGUACAUGAGGUGGCCUCUCCUGCUCUCACUGUUCUCCUACAACAUGGGCCUGUACCUCUUGACGGCCAUCAGCAUCGAGAGGUGUGUGUCUAUCCUCUGCCCACUCUGGUACCGCUGCCGCCGCCCCCAGCACUUGUCAGUGGUGGUGUGUGCCCUGCUCUGGGCCCUCUCCAUCGCCGUCCUUGCUGCCGUCACUUCUCCGUGCCUGUUGUACGAGCACGAGCGCUGCCGCAUGGCUCUCAUCUCCAUGUACGUCCUCAACUUCCUCGUUUUUGCCCCAUCCAUGGUCAUUUCCAGCACAAUCCUCGUCAUUAAGGUCCUCUGUGGCUCCCAGCAGCGCCAACCCAAGAGGCUCUACAUCGUUAUCUUCCUCACCAUCCUCUUCUUCCUCCUCUUCGCCCUUCCCCUCAGCAUCUGGAAUUUUCUGCAGCAGUUAAACUACCCCCUUGUGAUGAGCCAGGUGUUUUUCCUGCUCGCCAGCAUCAACAGCAGCAUCAACCCCUUCAUCUACUUCUUGGUGGGGAGCUGCCGGAGGCACUGCUCCUUGGUGUCCCUCCAGGUCGCCUUCCAGAGGGUCUUCGAAGAAACAGCGGUCACUACGGUCACCAGCUAA